GGCUGCUGCGGCCGCGGUGGCGCGGGGCCGACAGCCGGAGGUUGGAGAGAAAUCCAGGACUCAGCUGACUAGUGCUUCUUGCCACCAUGGGGGAGCUUUUCCGAAGUGAGGAGAUGACGCUGGCCCAGCUUUUUCUUCAGUCAGAAGCUGCUUACUGUUGCGUCAGUGAAUUAGGAGAACUAGGAAAGGUUCAGUUUCGCGAUUUAAAUCCAGAUGUGAAUGUUUUCCAGCGGAAGUUUGUGAACGAAGUUAGAAGAUGUGAAGAAAUGGAUCGAAAGCUUCGAUUCGUUGAGAAAGAGAUACGAAAAGCUAACAUCCCAAUUAUGGACACUGGUGAAAACCCAGAGGUACCCUUUCCCCGGGACAUGAUUGACUUGGAGGCCAAUUUUGAGAAGAUCGAAAAUGAACUGAAGGAAAUCAACACAAACCAGGAAGCUCUGAAAAGAAACUUCCUGGAACUGACUGAAUUAAAAUUUAUACUUCGCAAAACUCAGCAGUUUUUUGAUGAGGCUGAAUUGCAUCAUCAGCAGAUGGCGGAUCCAGACCUGUUGGAAGAAUCCUCAUCCCUGUUGGAGCCAAGCGAGAUAGGAAGAGGCACGCCUUUAAGACUUGGCUUCGUGGCUGGUGUCAUUAACCGGGAGCGCAUCCCUACUUUCGAGCGCAUGCUUUGGCGAGUGUGCCGGGGGAACGUGUUCCUGCGGCAGGCUGAAAUAGAGAACCCCCUGGAGGAUCCAGUGACUGGUGACUACGUGCACAAGUCUGUGUUUAUUAUCUUCUUCCAAGGUGACCAGCUGAAAAACAGAGUCAAGAAAAUCUGUGAAGGGUUCCGAGCCUCACUCUAUCCCUGUCCUGAGACACCGCAGGAGAGGAAGGAAAUGGCUUCCGGAGUUAAUACCAGAAUUGAUGAUCUCCAAAUGGUUCUGAAUCAAACAGAAGAUCACCGCCAGAGGGUUCUGCAGGCAGCUGCUAAGAACAUCCGGGUCUGGUUCAUCAAGGUGCGGAAGAUGAAGGCCAUCUACCAUACCCUGAAUCUGUGCAACAUAGAUGUGACCCAGAAAUGUCUGAUUGCAGAGGUCUGGUGCCCUGUCACCGACCUUGACUCCAUCCAGUUUGCACUCAGAAGGGGCACGGAACAUAGUGGCUCCACUGUGCCCUCCAUUUUAAACAGGAUGCAGACGAACCAGACCCCACCAACCUAUAACAAAACCAACAAGUUUACAUGUGGCUUUCAGAACAUAGUAGAUGCUUAUGGAAUUGGAACUUACCGAGAGAUAAAUCCAGCUCCAUAUACUAUUAUCACUUUUCCUUUCCUGUUUGCUGUGAUGUUUGGAGACUUUGGCCAUGGCAUUUUGAUGACUCUUUUUGCUGUGUGGAUGGUAUUAAGGGAGAGCCGGAUCCUUUCCCAGAAGAAUGAGAAUGAGAUGUUUAGCACUGUGUUCAGUGGUCGGUACAUUAUUCUACUGAUGGGUGUGUUCUCCAUCUACACUGGCCUCAUCUACAAUGACUGCUUUUCCAAGUCUCUUAAUAUCUUCGGGUCAUCCUGGAGUGUACGGCCGAUGUUUACUUUAUCUAAUUGGACGGAGGAAACGCUUAAAGGGAACCCCGUUCUCCAGCUGAACCCAGCCAUCACUGGAGUUUUUGGUGGACCGUAUCCUUUUGGCAUCGAUCCGAUUUGGAACAUUGCCACCAAUAAGCUGACCUUCCUCAACUCCUUUAAGAUGAAGAUGUCUGUCAUCCUCGGUAUCAUCCAUAUGUUGUUUGGAGUCAGCCUGAGCCUUUUCAACCAUAUCUAUUUCAAGAAGCCCCUGAAUAUCUACUUUGGAUUUAUUCCUGAGAUAAUCUUCAUGACUUCUCUGUUUGGCUACUUGGUCAUCCUUAUUUUUUACAAGUGGACUGCCUAUGAUGCUCAUACAUCUGAGAAUGCACCAAGCCUUCUGAUUCAUUUUAUAAACAUGUUCCUCUUUUCCUACCCAGAAUCUGGUAAUGCGAUGCUGUAUUCCGGACAGAAAGGAAUUCAGUGUUUCCUGGUAGUAGUGGCCCUACUGUGUGUACCUUGGAUGCUGCUGUUCAAGCCACUGGUCCUUCGCCAUCAAUAUUUGAGGAGGAAACAUUUGAACUUUGGUGGGAUCAGGGUGGGCAACGGACCGACAGAGGAGGAUGCUGAGAUUAUUCAGCAUGACCAGCUCUCCACCCAUUCCGAGGACGCGGAAGAGCCUACCGAGGACGAAGUGUUUGACUUUGGGGACACCAUGGUCCACCAGGCCAUCCACACCAUCGAGUACUGCCUGGGCUGCAUCUCCAACACGGCCUCCUACCUGCGGCUCUGGGCCCUCAGCCUAGCUCACGCCCAGCUGUCCGAGGUGCUUUGGACCAUGGUGAUCCACAUCGGCCUGAGCGUGAAGAGCUUGGCAGGAGGGCUGGCACUGUUCUUCAUCUUCGCCGCCUUUGCCACCCUGACCGUGGCCAUCCUCCUGAUCAUGGAGGGCCUGUCAGCCUUCCUGCACGCGCUGCGGUUACACUGGGUCGAAUUCCAGAAUAAAUUCUACAGCGGGACCGGUUUCAAGUUCCUGCCCUUUUCCUUCGAGCACAUUCGGGAAGGGAAGUUUGAUGAGUGAACCCCGGUGGGGCGCCGUGCACCAGACCACCCUCCCUGCUCCCUCCACAGUGAUUAGUUAGCCGUGUUCCUUCUGCCUGCUGGUCGUGAACCCUGGCACCAGGGCAUUUGUGUCACCCUUGCCACCUUCCUCCAGCUGUGUGUGAGUCAUUCAGAUAGAAGCGGCCCUCCUUGGUCUCCCACCACCCCAGCUGUGUGAGUCAGAGAGAAGCUGGACUCCGACCCUGUCUCCUACCCCUUGGGCACCAGCCAGCCAAAGGCAGCCCUCCACCCCAUCCUCCACGUGUGAGCCCAGAGCCCUCGGGCUUCCCUGCCUCACCCUGGCCGGGAGGAGCACUGACACGGGCCACAUCCACACUCAGCCCUUGUUCCUGCUCCGCAGCCCCUGAUGGGCAUCCACGGGGCUCUCAGAAGGGGGUCCUCUGUAACAUGCCCUCUCCUAGUUAGCAGGGGCGGGGACAGGAAGAUGCUACUUUUGUCCUUUGCCCGGCCCUCUCCAGUGCUUGUUAGUCAGGAAUUCAACUGGACUCACUGGACCAUCAUGGGCGACUUCUCACUGUCACCAGCAAGAGUUCCAGGGUACCCAAGACCUCUGCCUUGACCCUCACCCUGCACUCCCCACUUCCCUCCCUUUCGUACUGGCGCAGUCGGGCAUGCCCAGCACAGAGGUCCCUCUCAGCACCCCCGCUUCCUUCCCUCCCAGGUCUUGCCCACAAGCUUGCCCCUCUGGACGUGCUGCUCUUCCCUGGUGGAGACCCUGAGCCCCAUCCCACCCCAAUCAUGACAUCCCGAGUGCAAGGCUGAUGUCACCAAGGCUGGGUCUGCCCACAGUGCUGCUUCCACACGGACCCCAGGUCUCAGGAGUGGUGCCCUAGACAGAGAUGGUGUCCAUGGGUUGCCAGGCAGUGCACACAUGCUUGUGAGAGCUGCACAGUCCUGCUUGGGGCCACCUCCCUGUCCCCUGCUCUGGGCCAUGGCUCCCAAGGCCCUCUAAUCAUGUGAUGGCGCAGCUAAAUUCAUCCCACCACCCUCACUGUCACACUGAUACCCCGAACUGACCUGGCCUGUGUCCCCACCCCCCCACUGUGGCUUUUCUGAGUGAGGUACUGAGAGCUGCUUGCUGGACCCUCUGUGGCUGGGCUGGCCCACCGUGGCUUGACCCAGACUUUGUGCAGACCCCUCUCCUCGUGUCCCUAGUCUACAUGAUGGGCUUUGCUCUGUUCACAGUGGGGUCCGAAGGCUAGUUCUCUGUCAUGGAGCCCUGCCGACGCCCUUCUGUUCAGACAUUCCUGUGCUGAAUAAAGUGUGUUUGACUCUCC